AUGCUAUCAAAUAUCCAGUAUUGGGAACAAUUUAGUGCAUUGAUAUUAUAUUUUUCUGUUUUAACUGAACCGAUAUCUAAUCAAGGUUUAGCAUGUUAUAAAUGUAUGACAAAUAAUACAGAAAAUGAUGGUUGUCGAGAUCCAUUUUCAUCAUUAAUUAAUCCAAUUCACAUUAAUUGUCAGGCAACAUCUGUGGGCAAGAAUGGAACAUUUCCGGCUCGAUUCUGUGUAAAAAUUAGUGAUCGUAUAUUAAGUAUUGAUGGUAAUGCUAAUGCAUCUUAUUUAAAUACUGUUAUUUAUUAUCGUACAUGUGUUGUUGAUAAUAUUAUGGAAUCAACAAAAUCAUUAGAAACAUCAGGCAAUUUUUGA